AUGGCUGAAGCCGUGCGGCCCCCUCGCCGGGCCAAGGCCAAGGCCAGCCGGACUAAAAGCAAGGAAAAAAAGAAAUGUGAAACCCUUCGCAGGGAAGAACCCGAUGAAGUCUCUCUUCUAGAAUCUUCCAGAGAACAAGAGAUCCCUCCUCUAGCUUGUGAGCUCAGAGGAGACCCUCUGAAAGUGUUAACUGAUUCUCAGUUGCAGAAUGAUGCCAGUGAACCAAACGAGAGUGGAAUGUUUGAUAUACAGCUCACCUCCUUGACCCUGAGCAGUGCUGGGUCCCUGCCAUGUACCGCUGAGACUCUAAAGCAAAAGGCAGAGGAGAGAGCCUCUGCUGAGCAGGAAGAAGUCAAGCAGGCGGCUGACCCUGGAGACAUUGUUGCAACUAUAGUAGAAAACCCCGAGAACUUUCCAGAAGUGGAGGAAAAGAAAUUGGAGCAGUGUGGACCAUCAGAAAGCACACAGCAGUCCAAUUUUUCACCUCCUCAACUGGAAGUGGGAAGUUUACAGAGCAGAGACAUUCCUCAUAGGACAGAGGACAGACAAGCCCAGAGUGUUUCUUUACAGGUGCCACACACUGUGGGCAUGCAGUGUUCUUGUGAAGCCACGGACAUCUUUAAGCCCCCUAAAGUGAAAAAACUGUACCCCCCGUUGCCAGUUGAAAUGACCGUAGAAGAACCAGCCUUGGUGGCCAUGAAACCCUUAUUUCAUAGUCAGCGACUCUACCCUGAACUCCCAUCUGAACCUGAACUUGCCCCAUUUACUAAAGAGCAGCUCAAAGUCUUCGAGCCUGGUUCUUGGCUGGAAAACGUUGAGUCAUACCUGGAAGAAUUUGACAGCAUGGCCCAUCAGGACAGGCACAAGUUUUACGAGUUGCUUUUGAACUACUCGCGGUGUAGGAAGCAGCUGCUGCUGGCCGAAGCCGAGCUGCUCACUCUCACGGCUGAUUGCCAAAAUGCCAGAAGUCGACUCUGGCACUUUAAGGAGGAGCAAGUGUCUGCACAGGGCAUCUGUGCAGAUCAAGUGAAAGUUUCAGGUUACCACCGCUACCAGAGGGUAGAGAUGAAUGAAAACGCAUUGGGAGAUCUAAAGAAGCUCUUUGAUGCCAAAUCUGAGCACCUCCACCAGACCCUGGCUCUGCAUUCUUACACCUCUGUGCUCUCAAGGCUGCAAGUGGAGUCUUACCUCUAUGCACUGCUCAAAAAUUUGGCUGUGCUGAGCUCUGCAACAAAUCAGCAAGGGCCAGCAUCUAAACAAAUAGAAACUAUUCCCUCUGAUCUGUGUCAACUAAAGGAGUGCAUUAGUGUCUUAUUCACCUUCACCAGGAGAGUUAAUCAAGACACUCAGUUCCAUGAUGAUAUCCUUCUCUGGCUGCAGAAAUUGGUAGCAGUAUUACAAAGAUUUGGUUGCACUGGAGACCACAUCUUCCUUCUAAACCACAUUCUUCGAUGUCCCGCUGGUGUUAGUAAUUGGGCUGUCCCAUUCAUCCAGAUCAAGGUAUUGAAUAACCCAUCAGGGAUCUUUCACUUUAUGCAAUCCCUGGCCCUGCUCAUGUCUCCUGUCAAGAACCGAGCAGAGUUCAUGUGCCACAUGAAGCCCAGUGAGCGGAACCUGUCCUCCUCGGGGCCGGAUUCAGGGAACUGGACGCUGGUAGAUGAGGGAGGAGAAGAGGACGAAGACCCAGAAACUAGUUGGAUUCUCCUUAAUGAAGAUGACUUGGUUACCCUUUUAUCACAGUUUCCAUUUCAUGAACUCUUUCAGCAUCUUCUUGGGAUCAAGGCAAAAGGUGACUAUUUGCCUGAAACAACAAGACCUCAAGAGAUGAUGAAAAUUUUUGCUUUUGCCAAUUCGUUGGUGGAGCUUCUGGGUGUGGGGUUAGAGACCUUUAACAGAGCUCGCUACAGGCAGUUUGUGAAGCGCAUCGGUUACAUGAUCAGGAUGACCCUUGGUUAUGUGAGUGACCACUGGGCACAGUUUGUGAGCCACAAUCAAGGCCUGGGAUUGGCCCUGCAGCCCUAUUCCAUUGAGAAGCUCCAGGUUGAGUUUGAUGAACUCUUCCUGAGGGCUGUUCUACGUGUGCUGAAAGCAAAAAGACUUGGUAUUUGGUUGUUCAUGUCGGAAAUGCCCUUCGGGACGGUGUCUGUCCACAUGCUGUGGAAGCUCCUGUACCUCAUGCACCAGGUGGAGAGUGGGGACCUGGAGAAGCUGGGCACCUCCCUCCAGACCGCCCAGUGCAAGCGGCAGCUCCAAGACCCACAGCACUUUCUGAACGUCGAGAAGUGUCUUUCUUCCAUGAAUAGCUCAGAAGAAAUUUGCCUUCUGACAACAUUUGCACAGAUGGCUCAGGCCAGAAGAACCAACGUGGAUGAAGACUUCAUAAAAAUUAUUGUUCUGGAGAUAUAUGAGGUGUCGUACGUCAUAUUGUCCACCAGGGAGACUUUUUCUAAGGUUGGACGAGAACUUUUAGGAGCCAUCACAGCUGUACACCCCGAGAUCAUUUCUAUCCUGUUGGAGAGAGUGCAGGAGACCAUCGACCAGGUUGGAAUGGUUUCUUUAUACUUAUUUAAAGAAUUACCUUUGCACCUCUGGCGACCUUCUGCCUCUGAGAUAGCUGUGAUUCGGGAUUGGUUGCUAAACCAUGACCUGACCUCCGUGAAGAAUAAACUGGCCUGUGUUAUUCUGGAAGGACUGAACUGGGGAUUUGGUGAACAGGAUGUUCUUCAUCUGAAUCAAACAGUCCAUGCUGAAGUAGCUCUGAUGGUCCUUGAAGCUUACCAGAAGUACCUUGCACAGAAGCCAUAUGCAGGGCUGCUUUCUGAAAGUAUGAAGCAGGUUUCUUAUCUGGCCAGUAUUGUUCGCUAUGGAGAGACACCCGAGACCUCAUUUAACCAGUGGGCCUGGAACUUGAUCUUGAGGUUGAAACUGCAUAAAAAUGACUAUGGAAUACAACAGAAUUGCCCAACUGUUCCCUUCUCCAGCGUUGUCCCUGACAUGACAGAGUCGCCUACAUUUCAUCCUCUCUUAAAGGCUGUGAAAGCGGGCAUGCCCAUUGGCUGUUACCUUGCCCUGUCCAUGACGGCCGUGGGCCACAGCAUUGAGAAGUUUUGUGCUGAAGGUAUCACACUGCUGGGAAUUCUGGUCCAGUCAAGGCAUUUGAGGACAGUGGUUCAUGUUCUGGAUAAGAUUCUGCCUUUGUUCUACCCUUGCCAGUAUUACCUUCUAAAGAAUGAGCAGUUUCUGUCACACCUCCUCCUGUUCCUGCACUUGGACAGUGGUGUCCCUCAGGGUGUCACACAGCAGGUCACCCACAAAGUGGCACAGCACCUGACCGGAGCCAACCACGGGGAAAACGUGAAGCUUCUCAACAGCAUGAUCCAGGCACACAUAUCCGUAAGCAUUAAGCCCAACGAAGUGGGCCCCGUUGCUGUAUUGGAGUUCUGGGUUCAGGCUCUCAUUAGCCAACAUCUUUGGUACCGAGAACAAACCAUCCUCUUCCUCAUGGACCACUUGUGUAAAACAGCUUUUCAGCUGAUGCAGGAAGACUGUGUGCAGAAAUUGCUCUACCAGCAACACAAGAAUGCUCUAGGCUACCACUGUGACCGGGGCCUGCUCUCUUCCUUGGUGAGCUGGAUCGUGGCUGGCAACAUCACACCUUCCUUUGUGGAAGGCCUGGCAACAUCCACUCAGGUCUGGUUUGCAUGGACUGUACUGAAUAUGGAAUCCAUCUUUGAAGAAGACUCUCAGCUCCGAAGAAUUGUCGAAGGGGAAUUGGUUAUAAACUCUGGCUUUACUCCUGACCAAGCUCUGAAGAAAGCGCAGGCCCAGCUGAAGCUCCCCAUCGUUCCAUCCCUCCAGAGGCUGCUGAUUUACCGUUGGGCCCACCAGGCGCUAGUCACGCCUUCGGAUCACCCCCUGCUGCCCCUCAUUUGGCAGAAAUUCUUCCUCCUGUACCUGCACCGCCCAGGACCGCAGUAUGGCUUACCCAUCGAUGGCUGCAUCGGAAGGAAGUUUUUUCAAAGCCCAGCUCAUAUCAGUCUGCUGAAGGAUAUGAAGAGGCGUCUGACCGAGGUGGCCGACUUCCACCACGCCGCGAGCAAGGCCCUUCGCAUUCCAGCAGAGGGCAGUGAAAGGCCACACGAGACCCAGCCAGGCGCCCCGGCUUACCUGACGUCCCCAGAGCUGCACACAGAACUCGUGAGGCUCUUCAAUGUAUAUAUAUUAUGGCUAGAAGAUGAGACUUUUCAAACAGGAGAUGCCUAUAUCCCUUCUCUGCCAAAGCAUUAUGAUGUUCACAGACUGGCAAAAGUGAUGCAGAACCAGCAGGACCUGUGGUUGGAGUACUUGAACAUGGAGCGCAUCCAUCACGAGUUCCAGGAAACCGCUGGUCUGUGGACACAGGCCAGGCGUGAGUCCCAUUCCUCAGCCUCCAGCUCGUCAGCACAGCUGGACUUCACGGAUCCUUUGUUGGCUAAAGAGAGAGUUUUAAGCAAUUUGCAGAAAUAUGAGGCUCCCCAUCCACCGCUAGUUCUGCACCCGGUGAAGCCGCCAGUGCCUGUGAUCCCCUUAGUCACGCUGCUGAACCAGAAUGACGCCACCCAGCUCAUACGUGUGGACCUCGAUCUGCUGCAGCAGCAGGCCAGAACUGCAGCUCUUCGGGAAUCUCAGCAGGUUGCCCUGGACAGUGAGCUGUUGGACACAAUGCCCAAGCAGUAUGUUAACCGAGAAGAACAGACCACACUGCACUUGGAGUGUAGGGGCAGUGGCGGUAAGAAAUGCCAGGGAGCCGCAGUUGUGACAGUUCAGUUCGAAGGUAUGUAUAAGAACGAAGCAGUAAGCCAACAGAUCUAUGCUUUGCGAAAAGAAGUGAAGCUUUUGCAGGCUGAAGCUGCUAAGCCUCCGUCACUUCACGUUGUGGAAGCUGCUGUGCACGCGGAAAACUUGAUUACGGCCCUCGUGAACGCCUACAAGCUACAGCCUACUCCCGCCAUUCAGAAAGUUGGCAUCAGCCUCUUCUUUGCCGUUGUGGAUCAUGUCAGCGAUGAGACGCAGCGGCAUCCUCCGAGCAGACAGUUCUUUACAUCUUGCCUGGAGAUCUUGGGACAGGUGUUUAUCAGUGGCACUAAAUCAGAAUGCAAGAAAGUGCUCCUGACCAUUCUGAAGAACAGAAGACUCUGCUCGCUUUUGUCUCCUUUCUUCACUCCCAACGCUUCGCCCGAAGAGUUCAUACAGCUUUAUGAGAAAGUGGUCAGGUGCCUGAGCGAGGACAACAGCGAUCUGAUUUUCAUGCUGCUCACCAAGUUUGAUCUUAAGCAAUGGCUAAACUCCACUAAGCCUCCCCUCUCUGACCGCACCAGACUUCUGGAAUCCAUUCAUCUGGCCCUCAUUGCCUGGGGCCUUGAACCAGAUGAAGAUAUUUUGAUGCCAUUUAAUCUUUUCUGUAAGCACUGGACGUACCUUCUUCUCUACCAGUUCCCUGAUCAGUACAGUGACAUUCUCCGGCUGCUGAUGCAAAGCUCCGCCGAACAGCUGCUGAGCCCCGAGUGCUGGAACGUGACGCUGCGAGCCCUGGGCUGCUGCCCCGCGGACUGCCAGCAGGGGGCAGCCUCUGCAGAGAGCGCGGUGCUGCAGAGCUGCCCAGAUGGGCUCCUGUCAGACAAGCAGGUAAUGGAGACUAUACAGUGGCUUUCAAACUUUUUUUAUAAGCUUCGGCUGUCCAACGUGGACUUUAAGAGCUUUGGCUUGUUCUCAAAGUGGAACCCUUACAUGGCUCACGUGAAGAUGCUGCUGGGCUACCUUGUGAAAAGACUGAUUGACUCUGAAAUGGCCUGCUUGGCCCAGGACCCAUCUGCCAGCAGCAAAACAGUGCUACGAUGCCUGCAUUCAGUGAUCGUCCAGCUCUUUAAGCCAUGGAUCCUGGUCCUAGAGGACAGUGAAAGCAAACAAGGCCAUUACCCCUGGUUGGAGAGUGAUACUGUAGUGGCUUCGAGUAUAGUGCAAUUAUUCACUGACUGUAUCAACUUAUUGCAUGAGAACUUUAAAGAUAAGCUCUUGCCAGGUGAUGAUGGUGCCCUUCGACUCCACAUCAUGCACUAUUGUGAGGCGUGCACUGCACCUAGAAUGCCCGAGUUCAUUCUGUACGCCUUCCAUACCGCGUACCAGAAACUCCCGUGGAGGGACCUCCACCCCGACCAGGUGCUGAUGGAGGCCUUCUUCAAAGUGGAACGAGGCAGCCCCAAGAGCUGUUUCUUGUUUCUAGGGUUUAUACUCUGUGAAGUCAAUUGGGUUAGUGUGCUCUCUGAUGCCUGGAACCCCAGCCCGCUCCCCGAAACCAGAAGCAUGAUGGUCUGCCUCCUUUUCAUGAUGAUUCUGCUGGGAAAGGAGGAUCAACUAGUAGAACAGACAGAUUCUCCUUUACUCAGUCUCCUUGGGCAGACGAGCUCACUUUCCUGGCACCUUGUGGACAGUCUGUCAUACCAGGGUGUGAUCAAUUAUUUCAGCAGUCAUUACCCGCCAUCCAUCAUCCUGGCUAAAGUGUCUUCUGCGGAAUCCAUAGUGAAGCUCCUGAAAGUGUCUGCAGGCCUCUCCAUUCCGACUGACAGCCAGAAACAUCUUGACGCAGUUGCAAAAGGCCGCGCUUUCAUUCAUCAGAUGGUCCAGUUUCUCAAUAACCUGGAACAAAAUGGGAAAAUCUCCUUAGCAGUCCUUGACCAGCAGAUGGCUAAGCUCUUAGAUGAUAUCAUUUUCUUCAGCCCACCUGACAUGGACAGCCAGAGCCGACACAUGGCCCUCAGUAGCCUCUUUGUGGAAGUCCUAAUGAUGAUGAACAACUCUACAGUCCCCACUGCAGAGUUCCUCCGGGGCAGCAUCCGGACCUGGAUCGGUCAGAAAGUGAGCGGCCUGGGGGUGCUGCCCCUUCUAACAGCGGCCUGCCACAGCCUGGCUUCCGUCCGCCACAUGGCUGAGAUCACAGAGGCCUGCAUCAUGGCUUACUUCAAGGAAGACUCCCUCAAUAAAAAUUUAGGAUGGGGUGCCAUUCUCGUGUCUCUUCAAGUUCCUGAGCUCACCAUAGACGAAUUCCUGCAGGAGUGCAUUUCCCUGGGCAGCUAUUUGACUCUGUAUGUCUACUUGCUUCAGUGUUUAAAUAGUGAGCAAACGCUAAGGAAUGAAAUGAAAGUGCUGCUUAUCUUAAGCAAGUGGAUGGAACAAGUGUUUCCAAGCUGUGUGCAGGAUGAGGCGAAGCUGUUUCUGUGGUGGCACCAGGUCCUGCAGCUGUCCCUGAUCCAGAUGGAGCAGAAUGACUCGAUCUUGAUGGAGUCUGCCAUCCGCAUUCUGCUCAUGCUGCAAAGCCGAGCGAGCCUGCUGGCUGAGGAGAGGUUCAGCUCCGGGAUCCUGGGGGCAAUUGGGUUUGGCCGGAGGUCACCCUUAUCCAACAGGUUCCGAGUGGCUGCCCGCAGCAUGGCUGCCUUCCUCUCCGUGCAGGUUCCGGCGGAAGACCAGGUCCGACUGAAGCCCGGCUCUGAGUUACACCUGACUCUGAAAGCCCAGCAGGCUCUGAGUGCCCUUGAAUCCCUGAUAUCAAAUAAGCAGUAUGUCGAGUACCAGGACCAGAUAGCUCAAGCCACCCGGUUUAUAAAGCACGCUGGCCACUGCCUUCAUGACGGAAAGGCCUUCCUGGCUAUUCUUGUUAACUGUCUCUAUCCAGAAGUGCAUUAUUUGGACAACAUCCGAUAG